AUGGGCCCGAAACUACCAGACUCGAGUAAUCCUGGCCUGAGGAUCUUCACACAUGGGAAACUCAACUCUUGGAGUGACAGAUAUUUGGCUGAUCCCAUCGAAUCAGCUGAGAAGCCAGUUUGUGUGGUCGGUCCGGAUGAUCAGGAUAAGACUUCCGGGUUGGACAACACAGAUAGUUACGUUUUGAUUUAA